CAGCUUUGAAACUUUCAGAACAAAAUCUCCCCUCCCUUUCGGAAUCAAAACCAAUAUGAUAUAUAUAGGGAUAGUUAAUUAAUUAGAAUCAAAUCAAUUAUCGUGAUUUUGAAUUUAUAUUCGAAUGUCAUCUUAUCCUUCCUUUUUGAUUUGAUCUUAACACUGCUGCUGUGGAUUCAGUGUUGAUUUAGUGUUGGUUUUGUGUUGACUGAGUCAGAGUUUGGUUCCUCGGUAGUGUCUUGGAGAAUUAAUAACAUAGAGUAUUUCAUAAAGACAAAAUGGCAGUGUGGGUUACAACGACCGGAUGUCAUAUUCCAGAACAUGCGAUACGAGCCGGAUACGAGGCGGACGGACGGCCUCUGUUUAUUGCCCGGGCAUCCAUGGAAGGUACUUUGACCCCCGGGAAAUGUGGAUUCCACCUUCCGGGCGCCCACAUUCCUUACGGAUGUAAUGAAAAUAUCGCCCAUCAGUAUGAGGUGCUAGUACACCCAAACAACGCCCAGGGAUUCUACGACUGGCGACGUGCUUGUCUCGGAAAAGUGCCAGAAGACGCCCUCAAAACAGACACUGACACGUAUGUUGGCCGAGCUUACUUCUCCGGGAGUCUGGUACCGUGUAAGAUUGCCACUAGCUACCCCCACAUGUGCGCUUACAUGGGGUAUGGCGGGAAAGAAUACAAUGCUAUAGACUAUGAAGUCCUCUGUAAGAUUAAGUAGCUGGAAGAUGAGAUAUUUGUUGCGAAAAUUAGAAAAAAAUUGCAAACAACCAUAAGUUUGCAUAUUUUUUAAAUAAAUUAAUUUUCUUUUUUUUAACUAAUAAACAAUUUUUGGACUGUAGGUUUGAAAACGUCACCGAAUUUUAAAUGAAUAUAUUGGUUUAGUUUGUAGGUAACUUUUUAUUUCCGUUGUACAUGCUGUACUUUUAACUUGUCAAUUCAAAUUGAAAUCAAUGUACACCUAACACAAUUUAAGUUUUAUUAUACCUACAUGUAUUUAAAGCUGCUUACUGGGAAAAUGGACCAAUAUAUCGUUUGAUUAAUCAGAACUCAGAAAUUUUGCGAAACAUGAAGAAGACAGAGACUGUUUUUGUCUGAUGGUACAUCUGUUUAUCCAAUAUCCGAUUUAAAAAACAGUUUUCAUAUCAGUAUAACAGUUUACAUUUACAAUAUAAUAUGUUAUUGCUGUAUUGCAGCUACGAACUGUAGUAUACCAUUAUUAUGAAAACUAAAAUCCUUGUCCUUCUUUUUCAAAAUAUUCUAUGAACUCUUCGGAACUGCUGUUUCUCGAAAAAUAAACACACAAAAUUCUCAGGGGGUUUCUUAUUCUGUCGUUUUACAAAACAUUUACUCUUAUAGCAUUUGCUAUUAUUUGACUAUUGAUAAAAAUGUCGACAAUAAAAUAUUCUUGACUUAUG